AUGGCCCGAGUAGUUACCGUGAGCGCUGAGGUCUGGUGUGGUUUGGUUACCAGCGCUUCACGCCUUGGUGGGCCGCCACGGCGCCCACGGUGGCUCGUCACACCUUCACAGGCGAAACAGGCCGAACGCUCCCACAUGACGACAGUCGCUGAGGAUCUGAGGCAGUGGGGAGAGCAUGGGGCGAGGAAUGCUCGCCUAGAGGCGAUGAGAGGGAGGGCUAAGAGAACUAGCUCCAGCACUCAGUUCCUAGCGGGUAUCACGAGAUCGAUGCCAAGGAGGAGAAAGAAUCUUGCAACAGGCCACUACGGCCAGGCGCUGCACGGCACCUGA